AACCAAGCUCGUCUGACUGUGAGUCCCAGCAGCUCUCAGUUCUUUAAAGGAAACUUUGUGUCUCUGAGCUGUGAGGAGGACGACAGCUCUGCUGGAUGGACUCUGAGGAGAAACACAAGCAGAGACACCAGAGCUGAGUGUGGAGAUGAGUGGGGAAGAUCAGCUGGUUCUUCCUGUAACAUCAGCUACAUUUUUACAGUUGACAGUGGAGUUUACUGGUGUGAGUCCAGAGAGGGUCCCAUCAGUAACAUGGUUAACCUGACAGUCACUGGUGGAUCAGUGAUCCUGCAGAGUCCUGUCCUCCCUGUGAUGGAGGGAGAUGACGUCACUCUGCUCUGUAAAACAAAGACCACUCCCUCCAAUCUCCCAGCUGCUUUCUAUAAAGAUGGCUCCCUCAUCAGGAAGCAGCCUACAGGUCACAUGACCAUCCAGCAUGUUUCCAGGUCUGAUGAAGGCCUCUACAAGUGUGACAUCAGCGGUCAUGGAGAGUCUCCAUCCAGCUGGAUCACUGUCACAGACAAACACACCACCACACCUCCACCUACAUCCACACCUCCACCUACAUCCACCUCUCCUCCUGAUUUCUCCUGUGUCCCUCUAUCACUCUUUUCUCUUGUCCUCACUGUGUCAGUUAUUAAUUCAGUCUGUGUUUUGGUUCUACUGGUGUUACUGGUUCUGCUGGUGAGACGACAAGUUCAAAGGAAAACUGAAAGGGAGGAGUUGGAGAUGAUGACAUCACGUACAGCAAAGGCUCAAGUCAUCAACAACAGCCAAUCAGAGGAAGCAGAGACUUUAAACCAGAGCCAGACGUCGUCUACUCCUCACUGAAGUAGUCCACCAGUCCAACCACUGACGUCCAGCUGCUGGUCUCUAACUGGUCCACACAGCCACACAAUAUUAAUUUGCAUAUAUUCUCUAGUGCCUUCUCAUUAUAAUAUACACUCUCAGUGUUUGUAUGAGUGUAUACAGUAUAACUAAAAUAUCAAUGUCAUCUGUGCAACAUCAAUAAACUUUGC